UUAUGACCGUGAUAUGUAGUUAAAUAUAUAUUUUUUUAUAAUUUACAAAGUCUGUUAAAUUUAAUUAAGCAAUCAUGUCAUCGCCUUUUAAAAGACUAUGCCACUGGGGUCCAAUUGCAGCAUUGGGAAUAAUAAAGCUAAUAACAUGGGCAAUGAUACAUUUAAUGAGUAUGUGGUGGCCCCCACAUGUAUCAAUAGCUGCUGCACUACAUUCAAUCUUAUUUAUUACUUUAGCAGCUCUUACACUGUAUUACUUUCUACAGUCACUUCUUGAAGGUCCAGGUUUUGUGCCAAAGGGGUGGAAACCAGAAAAAGAAGAAGAAGUUGAUUAUUUACAAUAUUGUACAGUGUGUAAGGGAUUUAAGGCUCCAAGAUCUCAUCAUUGUAAAAAAUGUGGAAGAUGUGUUAAGAAAAUGGACCAUCACUGCCCUUGGAUCAACUGCUGUGUUGGUCAUGCUAAUCACGGCUAUUUCUCUACAUUCCUCAUGUUUGCUGUGUUAGGAUGUUUUCAUGCAUCAAUUGUGCUAGUAACUUGUUUGUAUCAUGCAAUCAACCGUGUGUGGUACCUAUACAAUGGGACUGGCCAAGAGCCAAUGAUCUACCUCACGCUCACCACACUCCUUCUGACGUUGCUGGCUACUGGCAUGGCGGUGGGGGUAGUUCUUGCAGUUGGAGCCUUGCUUUACUUUCAGAUUCGUGGUAUCCUUAGCAAUCGCACUACUAUAGAAGAAUGGAUAGUAGAGAAGGCUGUAGGCAGACGGGAGGAACAGGGUCUCCCUCCGUUCGUGUAUCCAUAUGACUUAGGAUGGAAGGCCAAUUGGUACCAGGUAUGGGCCGGGAGUCUCCACGAUGGACUCAGGUGGCCCGUACUGGACGGUUGCGGGCAAUACGAUCUGACCAUGGAACAAAAAGCCCAGAAGAUAGAGAAGCAGCAGCGAUCUCGUUUAUUUUCGGCAAUUUCGGAGUACUCCGGGCGCUGGAUUCCUAUAGUGUCUCGGCCUCGGGCGGCCCUGUCCGCCCCUUGCACCGAUGAGCCGAGGCUGGCCCUUCGCGUCGGGGACGUCAUACGGGCCACUCGCCAGAGAAGACAUUGGCUGUUCGGUGAGAAACAAGUACAAACGGGAGAAGCCCGAGCUCCUCGCGGCUGGUUCCCGCGGGAUGCUGUCGUGCCCGCCGAUGAGGUGAAGGUCAAACCUGACUAGCGGAAUCACACAUUCGUAUGAGCGUUACCAUAGAUCACUAAGUAAUUUAAAUUGCGACUCUAUUGCUUUGCCAUAAGGUUAUACGAUACAAAUUGAUAUCAGUCAUUCGAGGCUCUCGGGCUAUUUAUUUAAUUUGUAAUAUGAUAAAUACUGAAUUAAUAAAUAAGGGUAGUGAUUUGGGCAACAAGCGUGCUGCAAGAAGUGCAGCGCAGCGAAGGUUCCGGUACGGCAUUGGACUGAAACGUCAACAUUAUUUAUUUAUUACGUUCUCAGAGAAUUGUCCUAUUUUUAAAUAUCUCGAUUUAAGUACUUAGAAAGAAUCCGAAACAAUUUAUCGCUUAGUUUUAGGUACUCCUACUUCUCACUUGGACGUUUAAUAUGAUUUAUAAUUCAUAGAGAAAUGCCAACUACUCCCGAGCUGUCUUAUCUAGGAUUAAGUCGUUCCUAAAGAGUUGUUUCAAUGGCUGCUGUCUUACAAUCAAGUGUGCUCUCGUCAUAAGUUAAGUUAAAAAAAUGGUUGUCUGUGAAGUCGGUUUACGAACGAUAGUUUAUUGUGACAACGUCUUCGAGUGGAAGUGAGAUAGAUGCGGCGCAAGCGUACAAUGAGCGUAAAGGGACGGUGAGCGUAACGGGACAAUGAGUCAUGUUCUCUCGUGCGUGCAGCGAUUUAUUAUACGUUGCACGUCAUAAAUGUGUAUGAAUUAUGUACCGAAUUUGUUUGCUUUGUUUAAAAAAUACACAGGGUAUCUCAUUUUCAUUAAAAAAAGCUAACAUUAGCGCCAUUUUUUAAAACGUCUACGUCUAAUGAACAUAAUUAUCCAUUUUCAUUAACAUUUUUUAAAACAAAACGAAAUCAUCCAAAGAGCUUAAAUGAGUUGAAAGACAUUGAAGGAUUUCCUAGUAGUCAAUAUUUUAACACAUACGGGCUGUGAUACCCUUUUCUGUCGAAUAUUUAUGAUCGUUCCGUUACCAACCUCCAUAUCAUCUCUCCUGUCUCUCAUAAGUCUCUUCAUAGCCGCUGGCGCUUCCCAUUUUGCCAUUAUAGCGCUCAAUAUGCACAGGCUGAAGUCAAAGUCAAAAAUCAUUUAUUCAUUAAGGUUAAGGUAACACAAU